AUGGAUUUUCUCAAUCUGUGCAAUCCUUUCGGUGGCUCCAUUUUUACAGAGGAAUAUCGCGGAGACCUACGACAGGCCCAAGAAGUCUUACUAAAGAAUCAAUCAUCUCUACACGCUGAUGUGGGUGGCCGAGCCUCGUCCGUUUUCCAGCAGGCAUGUAUCUGCAUGCUCCAAGGCAACAACAAAGAGACACUCCAAUAUUUAACAAGACUAGGAGAAAUCCCAUCUCUGUCACCUCGGUGGGAGCUACGUCACCAAACAUACACCCUUCUUGCCACUAUUCUGCGUCAGAUAUCCAAGCAGAUUUCGCACAUUUUCUCACAAUAUAUUACGAAUGCAGGCGUCGACGACUCCAGGACAUUUGAAUGCAUUUAUUUACUAGCCGCGAUUAAUUUUCCCGGAUUCAUUCGAUGCGCCCAGAUCCGGCAUCCUGAUUAUCCGAUCGGCAGAGGUGGAAGUGUGUAUCGGGACAUGGGUCAGCAAGUCGAAGCACACCUCCAAUCGCUUCAGCAGUUUCAGAAUUUCUGCAAGACUACCUGCAUGCAACGACUUGGCCGAUACAUCACCCGGCUUGAAGUAGAGCUUCUUUUCGCGAUCGGUUCUCCAGAUCGUCUUCACCGUCUCCAUGAACUUGAGGGCGAAUACAAGGUCUCCGAAGACUGGGCUGGUGUCGCAGCCUGUAAGCUUCUCGAAGUAGAUUUCCAACUUGCGUCCCCAUUUUCUAGUCCGCUUGCAUUGAAUCUCAUUCCUGUAUAUUCAGGCAACGCUGGAUUCGUAAACCAUAAAUGGGAUGAGUUUGAAGAUAAGCUCUUCUUGACGAGCAGUGACGAGUCAGACAAACUUCUUCGUGAAGUAUACGACCUAUUUCGUAUCAGUGAUUCUCCCAGAGGUUGUGCUGCCGUCCGACUUCGCCAGGGUUGUGUCGCGCACAUGAAGUGUUAUUCCCCAGACUGCACCGUCCAUGACAGGCUCGGAUUCCUCCAAGCUGCAGAGGAGUACCUAUCGGAAGCCCAUGGCCUAUUUGACGGUGACGAAGCCCACUGUCAGAUUGUUCGAGGUCACCAGACAAUGCUAUUGAUCACCCGUCAAGCAGACAUCAAGUCAGUAACGAUGCUCGCUGCACAAAUUGGCUUGUGGGGAAAGGAGGUUUGUUCUGAGGGAAUAUCCGAGUUUGUUGGCUCCCUUCUGAUCAGAUUCGGCCGCCGACUGCUGAACCAUCUCGAGGUAGACAAGGCCUUGAUGUGCUUUGAGGCUGCCCGAGAAUGCUUUUCUUCUCUGGAGGAGCAAUAUGGAGCUUUUCAGGCAGUGGUUUCGACCAUCGAAGUACACAGUCUCACGCACAACGACUUCCAGGCUAGAUAUCUCAUUGAGAAGCAGCGUCAAUCUUUUCAUGAUUUACUUGACCUUUUUACCAGGCUGGGUGAAUCGAAUCCCAUAUAUAAUAAUGUAUUUCACGGCACCAAAACCAACUUCAUUACUUCCUACGAUCUUGUCGUCAGUCCGAUAUACCGUAAUUUAGGAGAUUAUGAAGGGCUUCGGAAUUGGAGAAGACAACUGAAAGAACUUAUGAAAAUUCAAAACACGACGAUUUCGAUUCUUGCUGCACUAGAUGACAGCUUUUUCAACUACUACUUUGGAAACGCUGCUCGUCAUAUGUUUUCCGGCUUGUCUGCUCCUGAGACCUGGAUUGAUUCAGUAUUGAAACUACUUAAACGAUCCGUGUCUUAUUUGCUGGGUAAUAAGGCAGACCCAAAACCAGAACCGCACGAAGAUACGGUUUCGGAGCGAUUGCAAAGCCAACAUUCGAUCAUCGACGCAUACUGCAUCGCGUCCUCCCAGUAUCGAGAGCUAGUUGAAACUGCCGAUAUUGACGGAGCCGAGACCGUGCUCCGCACUUUAUACACCUCUUUGCUGUCCACGGCGCCAUCCUUUUCCGUAAAGAUGGCCCGGAUAUUUAUUGGACGUGAUUUAGGCGUAACUGAUAUUAUUUCUGAACAACUAUAUUCCCUUACAGACGCUGAAUUACUCGGAAACUGGACCAUGGAUAGAUACACGGCUCUUCGCGUUGGCAGAAGACGACGUCCAGAAACGAGCCAAUUCCGCAGCCAAACACAUUUUGAUAACGCUUUGGGGUGGGACAGGGGAUACAGAUUGCUCCAAAUCAUCGAAACCACAGAUCCCGACUUUUUUGACCCCGGAGGAUGGCGAGAUAUCGAUAUGUCACAUCGCUUCAUCAGCGCUGGGCUGAUUGCUGGACACAAUGGUGACCUUGAGAAGGGGUUCAAAUAUUUGCUACAUGCGUUAGAUCUCAUAGAAGGUUUUCGAGGCAACAUUAGCAAUGUGGAGGCUCGGCGCACGCUGAUAUCUACCGUUCCGGUGAUUGAUAUUACGAAUGGGCUAAUUUUCUUAUGCUUGACGUCUAGAGAUCGUCGCCAGCCGCUGAUACUUCUAUCCGAAUUUGGCCCUAAGUAUCAGUCUGCGGCUAGCUGGGAAGAGCAUGUUUUGUUAUUCUCCGAAAGAUCCCGCGCCAGAUCCCUCCUUGAUUCUUUUGGGUCCGAAAAUGUCAGGCUGACGACGGCUGAAGAAAGCAUCAUUAAGAAAUACAAACGAGCAAAACUGAGGCAACUCCGUUCUGUAGCGGUUUAUGACCGAAUUAAAAGUAGAACCCCUCUUGUUGAUCAACAAGAGAUAGAAACUCUAGAGAAAGAGGUUGGAUCAGACGAUAGUGACUUGACCUUUGAGCAACCAAUCCUUCCGGUCAAUAUAGACAUUAUACCAACUGAUUUAUAUGACGCGAUAGAUGAAGACGCCGUUGUCAUCGAGAUCCUUUUUUCCUAUGAAGCAGUAUAUGAGGUUGCAAUCACAAGAAACGGCGUUGUCUUUGCUGAAGCUCUCAAUGUUAUCCCGGCUCAGUUCCGACGCUCGGCACUCAGGUUAACUAGGGCUAUCAUGGAGUCAAAGAACCUGUCAUCACACACGCGAAGAGCACAAUUUAACACUAUCAACUGUCUACUGAGUGAAAUUUCUUCUUCUAUUAUUCUGCCAGUUCAAGAUCUUGUAUGCUCCAAAAAGCAUAUUAUUUUUGUCGUGAGCUACCCCAUGAUACGUUUUCCCGUUGGAGCACUGGAAUUCAAUGGAAUGCCUCUUUGCGUUCAGAAAGGCGUUUCCCAAGUUCCAAGCUUGUCGACCCUAGUCUACCUUUCCAAACGGUGUCGCAAUACUUCGUCGUGGAAAAACACGGUUUCCUCCAUCUCCAAGGUAAACACCUGGUCGGAAUAUCAUGCCAGACCGACAGAGCCAAUGCUGCCGAUGGCUGGCAUCGAGUCUAUUGCAAUCUCUCACCUCUUCGAUACACAGCCGAUCAAAGCAAGUGAAACAGAUCGGGAAGGCUUUCGCAAAGCUUUGAGUGAAGCGCAAAUCAUUCAUGUAGGCACACAUGGUGUCUACGACGGGCAUUCGCCAUGGAUGAUGAAUCUUCUUCUAAAGGAAAAAGUGCGCGCGUUGGAUUUGUUCGAAUUUCGGUCAAAUGCCGAUCUAAUCGUCUUCUCGGCCUGCCUAAGUGGGCUGGGGGGUCUCGUAGGUAAUGAAUCUCUCGGCUUCUCGCAUGUACUGCUGGAGGCUGGAUGUUCUUCCUAUCUUGGCGCUCUUUGGGAAGUCGACGACAUUGCAACGCUCCUGUUGAUGUUCCUCUUUUUUCAGAAAAUUCGUCAGUGUAUGGAUGAUGAUAAGGUUAGUGAUGUCCUGACAGAGAUAUGGAGGCAGACAUUGGAAGAGUUUUACAAUCUCGACCAAUUCAAGGCUCGUAAAAUUAUACACCUUCUUAUUGAGAUUUGGAUGGAAACAGCGGAUGCAGGAAGAAAACCAAACGAGAUGGUCCAAGGCGGAUUAGCUUAUCUGAAGAGACUAGUCAAAGAUCCUACUUCUGAUAAUAACCUUCAAAAAGCUGACGGUGACCAUCCAUAUCUUUACGCGUCGUUUAUGCUUGUGGGUAAUGGUUCACUUCGAUUGCUUCGAAGAGGUACCCCAGCCGAAAUUGUCAAGGAUAAACCAUGAGAUGCUUAUGAAAUAUGUUGUUGGCUAUAUAUCAGUUUUCAAUUAACCAUAGGAGCCUGCUGUUAAAAGUGCCAUCAACUUGUCAC